AUGCCAGUUAGUUCACACUCAUCCCAAUCCAAGCAUUCACCAGCACCAGAAGAGAAGUUAAAAAUCCGUCAUUCGUUACAAGAAUCAGCAGUUCAUAGUAGUAAACAAUCAAUAAUAUCACAUGAAAAGUCGAAGCAUUAUUGUACUGAUACAUCUAAUCGUAUGAAAAUGCAGGCAGAAAGAGUUUGUUCAAAACAAUCAAGGAAUGCUGGAAUCAAGAAUUAA